AUGAUUCUAGUCCAAUCUUGUAAUGACGGAAAUCAAAAUCAAGAUGAAACUGGCGUUGAUUGCGGUGGUUUCGUUUGUGAAGCUCGAUGUGAUUUGAAUCAAGUGUGUUCAAACAACUCUGAUUGCUCGAAUGGAAACUGCCAUAUAUCAUCGAAACUAUGUCAAAUAUCAUCUUGCAAUGACGGAAAUCAAAACCAAGAUGAAACUGAUGUGGACUGUGGUGGUUCGAUCUGUGGCGCUCGAUGUAGUUUAAAUCAAGUUUGUUCCAGAAAUUCUGAUUGUUUCAAUAAGAAUUGUCAUCAAACAAAUAAAACCUGCCUAGGUAUUCGAAGAAGUUACAUUAAGAAAGCUUAA